AUGCAUGUGGCUGCAGGCCAACACGCCUAUCAGGCACCCCCCGGCACAGGAAUUCCUGAUACACAAUCUUGGCCCGCCUUGGCGCAAAGGCAAAAGCGUUGGGCACCAAAGGCCAGAACUGGGUGUUUGACUUGCCGGCGACGACGCAUCAAAUGCGACGAGACCAAACCUGUUUGCAAUCGAUGCACUAUAUCUGCAAAUUACUGUGAGCGCUACGAUGUUACUCAUAAUAUUAUCGCAGCCGCUCAGGCAUCUCUUUCUAGCCCGAAAUCGCCACUGUGCAAUGCAAACGACAGAACUUCUAGCAAGCUACUGUAUUUUCUGAACGUGACUGAUCCGGGGUAUGGCUUGAACAGUUGGCGACCGAAUCUGUUAAAGCAACUCCCUCAGCGCAUGGGCUACUCAAAAGUGCUAGAUACCACUGUCGCAACAUUUACUAGUCUUCUAGAAACUCUACAUGGGCCAUCGGCAUUUCAGCAACCAUCUCAUAGGUCACGACAAUUGUACAUUUCCAGCCUCAAAGGACUACAGAGGGCUCUUGCCGCCCCAGACGAAAGAUACCGCCUCAGCACUAUAUUCUCGGCGAGUCUUCUGGCGCAAUGCCAUGUUUGGAUGCAUCAGAAUAGUACCAUCGCCUGUGGACAUGGCCAAGGCCUCACACACCUACUAAAAGUCUUAUUGGUCCAAAGGCCAAAAGACCCAUUUGCUCUAGGGUUAUGCUAUGCCAUGUUGGCAGAAGUGGCUGUUUUUAACCCCAAUAUUCAGCUGUUUCCGUGGAUCCAGACCUUGUACAGUCUGCCUGGGCCGCCGCUCUGGAAACCGUCUACUUCCACCGCGACUAAACCCGAGCUCACAGCCGUCAAUCUUGCACCCAUAUCAAUGAUUCCGGGCCUUAUGAGAAACCCCAGAGAGAACAAACACCAAGUGCAAUCUACGUAUGACUAUCUAAUAGAGGUGUGUCUGCUGGUCAAUAAAUGCGUCAUGGCUAAUAAGGAAUGCCCAUAUUUCGACACGUGGGAUUUCAUGCGUCUUAAUGAAAUACACGGCAUGUGUGCCGGUAGCGCAGUUGUUCUCAACGCAUUCCUGCGCACUUUUCAUCCAAGCAAUACAGCACUAGUUGGACAAAAGGUUGUACUUUGCGCCCAAGUAAUCGCUCUUGCGGAGAGAGCUAUGCACGAACGGCCAUUGUGUGCACACCAUGUGCCUCAGGCUCUAUUGGCUGCGUGGUGUGUUACAGACGGCCAUGUAAAGGCAAGACUGCGUCAGUUACUUCAAGACUAUCGCGAGACGUAUGCCAUGGCUAGACUUGUCUAUUUCGUGGCUUCUUGGCCAGAAGCUCCAGCUCAGAUACAAGAUAUACCUUGGUUUACCAUGUAUGAUGGACGAGGGGGUUCUCACAAGGGCAGUGGGAAGGAUGGACCAUUGGGGGGAACCAAUCAAAGGCUAACCGAAUACUGUUGCAUUUUAUGA